AGCGCUUGUGGUUUCAGUUUCAGUUUCAUUUGAACUUUUUGUUUCGGACACAUCUGCUUCGUAGCGACAUUUUCGAGUCAGCGGCAUAAAAGUCUGGGCGUCUAGUGAUUAGCAUUUAGUUGAAUUUUGAUUGUCAAGGGAACGGUGUCUUCAACUGAAUCGGAAAUGCACUUCUUCAUUGUGCCGUGCCUCCUAGGCCUUGCAGCCGCCAUUCCUCAAGGAUACAACUACCAGGCCCAGCAACAGCUUCAAUCGCCGGCGCAGUCGCAGUUUGCCACAUUUGCGGAGCAGACGAUCCUGCAGCAGGCGCUCCAGGCUCCGAAGGUGCAGCAGGUCCUGAACGCAGGAAAUGUGGACGCGUCUUACUCCCAGCAACGCCAAGCACCUGUUUACCAACAGCAAGCGACGCAGUUCGGCGCGAAUUUGGCGUACAAUGUGCCCCAAGCACAGCAGCCUCAGCUGCAGCAGCAGCUCGUCUCCAAAGACAUCUACGUCCAUGUGCCACCAGCAGAAGAGCCCGAAGAUCGCUAUCCCCAGCCUGUUCUUCCGCCAGCGCCCCCGCGCAAGCAUUAUCGCAUCGUGUUCAUCAAGGCGCCGACGUCCAGUGUCCCGAAGGCGGCGUUGCGCAUCCAGCAGGCUCCCGUGGAGGAGAAGACCAUCAUCUACGUGUUGACCAAGAAGCCGGACCCACUUGACCUCCAGACCGCCAUCGAGGAAAUCGCUCCUAAGCAGCCCAGCAAACCAGAGGUCUUCUUCAUCAAGUACAAGACCCAGGAGGAAGCUGCGCAUGCGCAACGCACCAUUCAAGCUCAAUAUGAUCAGCUUGGCGGCACAUCGCAGGUUUCCGACGAGGGAGUCGCGCCCGUUACAUCCGUGAUUGGAGUCCUGGACAACCAGCGCAACAGCGGAGUUUCAUCCGGACAGUUUUCGAGCUCCUUGGCAAACAGUUACUUGCCAGCCAAUCUGCGUGCUUAGUUGUCACUGCAAGACAAAGGAACUGUAGUAUUUUUAAGACUUCAACUCUUGUAUAUUUUCAUAUUUAGUUAAAUAAAGUUCAUAUUUUGAACUCCUUAUGAUAGAAA